GUCCGCCUUCUAAGUUCUUGACUUUUUGUGUUUCUGACAGUAAAUGAAAAUAACAAAUUUAUUACUUCGUAUACACAACAUCAUUAAAAACUUUAAAAUAAAAUGGAUUUGAACAGAAUGAGUAAUACUAAAAAGCUUCAACUGUGUAGAUGGUACUUUAAAGUUGGAUUUGUGCUGCUGCCAUUUGUGUGGGCGGUGAACUCGAUCUGGUUUUUCAAGGAGGCGUUUAUUAAACCACCAUUUGAUGAACAGAAGCAAAUAAAAAAAUAUGUGAUAAUGAGCGGUGCAGGUGCGUUGACUUGGGCGGUGGCAUUAGUGUCAUGGGCAGUUGCGUUCCAGGUGCAGCGUGUAUCCUGGGGUGCCACGGGUGAUGCUCUAUCUUUUAUAGUGCCUCUAGGACGUGCUUAGUGAACUUAUAAAUAUAAUCUAUCACAAUUUAAUUAGUGUAAAAUGAUUUGUGAACCAAGAUUUGGAGACUAUUUAACACAUUUAAUUUUAAUUUUUGAAUACUUUUUAGUGCAGGGGGAGUCAUAGUUGCUUGCUAUUUGGUAUAGUUAGUUGAUACAAGUAAAUACUUCUAUAUGAGGUGGAUUCUUAUAAUUCUGGUUUGUAAAUUAAAGAGCUGAGAUGGCCCAGUAGUUACAACAUGUAGAUAUUAAACAAAAGACAACAGAUUUAAACCCAUAACCAGCUCAAUUAAAUUUGAAUGUGCUUAAUUUCUUGUUACACAUUAUCUUAUAAAUAUAUCUCGUUUAACAUAUAUGUAUGUUAUUCACUCAUAUAAGAUUAUUAUUUUUCAUAUUCAUCAAUAAUGUAGCAAUUGGAUUUAGCUCUAAAACUUCUUAAUAUCAGCGCCCCUACCAAGCUGCACUUAUAGACUAUUUUAAAUACAAAUAACAUACAAAUACUACUCAAAUAACUGAACAAAUAACAAAAUAAUGAGUACAUUGUUAAUUUAAAAGGUGCGCAUAUGAAAUUUGAUUAUGUAAAAAUGCACCGCACUUUCUUAACCACCAUUAACUGUAAACAUCACUUUAAAUGCUUUCAAAAUUAUACAUUGUCUCCGAAUUAGAAGCCAUGACCUUUUCAUUUGCACAUUCCUUCGUUAACUAUCAAUCUAUAAAUGUAUUCUAUCAGUUUAUAAAUGUAUUGUGAAUAAAAAAAAAUAUUUAUUUAUUUUUAGUGAGUAAGCAAAUUGUAUAUAAGGCUAUAAAAAUAAAACCAUUAACAUACA